AUGUCGGCCAGCUCCAGGCUGUUCGGCCGGAGCAAGGGCAGCAAGCAGCAUUCGCAACAGCAGGCUGCUCCCUCGAUAAGCAUAGGGGCUCCCACGAAUUUCGUAAAGCAGACUCCUCCGCCCGAGAUAGGGCUUGCUAUGCAAGCUGGUUCUCCUCCUCCCGUCCCGAUCAAGCAUGGUGUUCAUUUACGGGAAAGCAUCCUUCCUAGGGCUGCUAGUCCCCCUCCCAAUACCCCCAUGGUGAGCUCCAAUAUCACCACAAUACCAGCAUACGACCCCAGUCUCGGUAUUGGUGGUGGCUAUGAACCUGUACACAUGGAACCUAGGAAAAGCAUAUCUGAAAGUGUGGAUAGACGGUCGGUACCUCCUUCGAGGUCAGGUCAUGAUGGUCACGAUAGAGAUAGCACAUACUCGAGAAUCUCCAGUUUACCAGGCGGUCCCCGGCCCCAACCGUCCCCCGGUAUGCCUCCGCCUAGCUCCAACAACCACCACCAACAAUUUCACCAGGGUCAUAGAGCUUCCGGAUCGCCAAAUGCUUCAAUAUCUUCCGUAAACUCGUCGGGUGUCUCCACCGAUCCUAGACACUCUACUGACCUGUCUAGCAUACACAGCUCUGGAGGAUCUUACAGGAACAGCAUUUUCGCCAGUAUGGAGGACAUGCCCAAACCCGGUUCCUACAACUUUUCCAAUAUGAUGGGUCCCUCCCAAACCGCCUCUAUGCCACCUGGAGCUGCUGGUGCCUCGAAUUUCUCUUUCCAAGCCAAUCCCCACGCCAACAAAGCUCACUCUUAUCAUCACAAGACGACCAAGGACCACGAUGUCGCUAAUUCGAAGUCUUUCUACCUCGAAAAACCUAAGGAUGAGAGGGUCAUCGAGCAAAUGUUCUUCGACUUGAUGAAUAGACGGGACUUCAAGAAUCUUCCUGAACAGGCCAAAAGACAAAUGCAGGCAUACCCGGCGUCCAAGAAGUGGACUUUAAUUUACCAGGACCGUCUGUCCGAAUGGGAAUCUGAUAGACGGAGAGAUGCUGCUAGAGAUAAAGCCAACAGCAUGGCCCUUUCAGCUGCUGGCGUCGUAGGCGUCGCAGCUGGAGUCGGUGGCCUACGAUGGCAUGAUGCUGUCGAUGAAGGAAGUCCCCAAUGGUAUGUACGGAAGCUCUACAGUGACUGCCAGGGUGGGCCCCCAAUCACUCCCCAACAGCUACAGAGCUUAGCUGUUAGCUUGCGUACCCAACCACUUUUAUGGGUCAAGGACUUUUUGGAGGCCCAAGGUCAAGUCGCCUUGACUGAAGUGCUCUCCAGAAUCAAUCACGAUAAGAAGGUAGAUUUGGAUAAGGAAUACGACCUCGUAAAAUGUUUGAAAUCUUUGAUGAACAACAAAUAUGGCGCAGACGACGCUCUCCGACAUCAAUCCUGCAUUUUAGCGGUCACAGCAUCGUUAAUAUCUCCACGGCUACCGACCCGAAAGCUUGUUUCCGAAGUUCUGACUUUCCUGUGCCAUUGGGAUAAGCCAAAUGGACACACACGAGUGCUACAGGCGAUGGACCAGAUUAAGGCGUCAAAGCCUGCGGAGAUGGGGAGAUUUGACGAAUGGAUGAGAAUCGUGGAAGUUACGAUUGACGGGCGAGGCAAGAUGGGCAGUAUGGUGGGCGCAUCUGAGGAAGUCCGAAGCGGUGGAGUUGGCAUGGAGAACUUGUUAAUGGAAUAUGCCCUUAGUACGCUGUUCCUUAUCAAUGUCCUGGCCAGCGGAGCGGAGGAUAUCGCUUCGAGAAUCCAUACAAGAUCUCAAUUCAAAGCAUGCGGUUUCGGACGUGUGAUGAAGAAGAUGCGAGGCUUCAACUAUGAGCUCAUCGAUAAGCAAAUUGAGAAAUACGAAGAAGAUGCGGCGAUUGAUAUGGAGGAUUAUCUCGACCGGGAUAAUGUACGACCUGUCGAUAGCUCGCUGGGGGGUGAUGAUGAAGAAUCCGUUGCGCCCAAUACGGUGAAGGAUAUGAACGAUCCGGUUCAAAUUGCGGAGGCUAUUCAGAAACGAAUUGGAGGAGAAGGAGAGGCCCAUGACUUCUUUGUCAGUGCCAUGCAAAACAUGCUACUCGCGAAGGAUAAUGACCCGGGAGACACGCAAAGGAUAUUUCAGCUUAUUAAUUCUAUGCUGUCAUAUGUUGUCAUGGACCGACGAUCUCCUGAUAUGGAUCUGAAGUCGUCUCUUAACUUCUCGGUGCAGGCACUUCUUGAUAGGCUACAUACCGAUCAAGAGGCUCGACUAGCCCAAGAGGCGGCGGCUGAUUCCAAGCAGCUCGCUGAAAGUGCCAUCGCUGAACGCGAUGAUAUGGCACAGAAGCUUGAAGCUGGGUCGGAUGGUCUUAUUGCAAAGUUGCAGAAAAAGAUCAAGGAACAAGAGAAGAUCAUUCUGAUUACGCAGAGGCAGAACGACAGUCUCAAAGCGGAAUUCGAAGACCUACAACGAGCUCAUAUGCAGCAGUUGCAGCGAAAUGAAUUGGAAACUAGAGAGCUGUAUCUUAUGCUUCGGGAUGCCAAUGACCGUGAGAGCUCGCGGACGGCUAGGCGGAAUAUUUCUGAAGGUACGGCUGGUCUUCAAGGUGGUGAAGCUUUCGGCGGCAGCCAUAGAAAGGUUUCGUCGCGAGUUAGUGAGGAUAUUGAAUCUACCAAGAAGCAAGGAAUCCUGGACCGCGAGGCUCUUAUGCAGAGACUCGAGCUACAGUUGGAGCGCAAAAAGACGGAAUUCAAACUUGAGGGUAAAGCGUGGAAGGAAGUCGAGCCGAGUGAUGACCUCAGACGUGUGCGUGAACGUAUGGAUCAACUACAACGUGAGGCCAAGGAGGUUGAACUUCGACAUCUUUCGAGUCUUAAUGAAGAUAGUGUGGGCUUUGGUGCUGUUAGUCGGCCUCUCAAGCGCGGUAGUGUCGUCGGACGAGGUGGCAAGAAGAACAGGCCAUUGCUCAGUCCUGCCGAUGCUAACGGCGAACCGUCGAGUGAUGCUGAAGAUGGAUCCCCGGUCGUUUACGAGAUGCCUAAGAUCAUACAAGUUGGGAAGCGUCCAAUUGCGAAGGAUGGUAGGGGUGAAGUACCUGCGGGUGAUGAGGCAGCUGUCGACGGCACCAAUAAGGAUGAUAAGACGGCUGAUAAGUCGGCGGGCGGUUUUGGCGGCCCUCCACCUCCACCUCCACCCCCUCCUCCUGGUGCUGGUCUUGGAUUCUCAGCCGGCGGGCCUCCUCCGCCUCCCGCACCGCCUCCACCACCUGGUAUGCUCGGAUUUACAAAUGCUACUCCUGCACCUACUCUACCUGGAUUUGGAGGCCCACCACCACCUCCUCCACCAGCACUACCUGGGUUUGGGGGAGGUCCGCCACCACCUCCACCACCAAUGCCAGGAUUUGGAGGCCCCCCGCCUCCACCACCUCCAGGAUUGCCCGGGUUCGGAGGUCCUCCACCGCCGCCACCUCCAGGUCUACCUGGUUUCGGGGGCCCACCACCGCCGCCGCCACCUGGCUUGCCUGGGUUUGGAGGCGGUCCACCUCCUCCACCCCCUCCUGGUUUGCCUGGCUUCGGGGGCGGUCCACCUCCACCUCCACCUCCUGGUCUUCCCGGCUUUGGCGGUGGUCCUCCUCCACCUCCACCACCUCCAGGAGGCUUGCCUGGGUUUAAAGGUGGGCCUCCCCCUCCACCUCCACCUGGUUGGGCUGGUGCUGGUCCUACUCCUCCACCUCCUCCACCUUUCCCGGGUAUUCCUCCGCCUCCAGGUGCCAAGGGCCCCCCGGGCGCGGUCGCAGCACCUCAACUCAUCGUUACUGCUGCCCGGCCUCGCAAGAAGCUCAAGCCAAUCCAUUCUGAAAAACUUGACGGCAUUGACUACACAUUUUGGGCUGGGGCGAAGGCUGAAAGAGAAGGUCUCUACGUCGAACUUGGUGAAAAGGGUAUCUGGGAUGUUCUGGAGAAGAAUUUCUACCUGAAGGAAGCCAAGAUCUUGGGUGGCGGCGGCGGCGCUAAGAAGAAGGAGAAGAAGUCGUUCAUUGGUAGCGAUAUUACAAAGAAGCUUCAAAUUGCUUUAAGCAAAUAUAACUCAAAUUCCGUAGAAGAGUUGGUUAAGAGGAUCAUGCAGUGCGACAAACAGAUAAUUAGCGAUGAUGCCGUCAUGGAAUUCUUCCAGAUUGAGGAUCUUUGCACUGUCCCACAACUUGUCCUUAAGCAACUGCUACCAUACUCCGUUGAUUGGAAGAGGCCGGAUGUCGACCCGCAGAAUCGUGAUAGCGACCCUAAUGAGCUCACUCGAGAAGAUCAGAUUUACCUAGAGACAUUCUACAACUGCAAUCAUUACUGGUUGUACAGAAUGAAGGCCUUGAAUCUUACGCGUAACUUGGAGAACGACUAUAACGAUCUUGUUGGAAAACUUGAUCAGGUGCUUGAGGCCGCCGACGCUAUCAAGAAUUGCAACAGUUUCAAGAGUAUCUUGGAGCUUAUUCUGGAGUUGAUGAACUACAUGAACCCUUCCACAAAAUUCACGAACGGCUUCAAGCUUGGCUCGCUUGCCCGUCUGUCGAUGACCAAGGACGCAACCAACCAGACAACAUUCUUGGAUCUGGUUGAGAAUACUGUGCGAAAGCAUUUCUCACAAUUUGAUACUAUUCUAGAUGAUCUUGCGCCUUGUUAUAAAGUUACUAGAGUUAACAUCGAUCAAAUCCAAACCGACUGUAACGCCUUUAUCAAAGAAAUAGAAGUUGUCCAGCGACAGAUCGAUAGCGGCAAGCUCAGUGAACCUAAGAAGUUCCACCCUGAUGACCGAGUCUUGCGUAUCGUUCAUCCGGUUAUGCCGGACGCCCGUGAUAAGGCUGUGUAUCUCAAAGCCCAAUUGGAUAACAUGGGUGAAACCUAUGAUAAGCUACUGAGAAUAUUCGGAGAAGACCCUAAGGAUGAGCAGUCUAAGACCACAUUCUUCCCCAAGAUUGUUAACUUUCUUAAGGAAUAUGAGCAAGCACGUAAGAACAAUAUGGAUAUUGAGAAGAAGAAGGCAGAUUACGAGAAACGCUUCAAGCAGAAGAGCGCCAAAGCCGCCAAGGAUAAGUUGGCUACCGCUACUGGACCACCUCCAUCGCCCACCGCAAAUGGUGCCAUGGAUUCGUUGCUGGAGCGACUGCGUGCGGCCGCCCCCGAUGUCAAGAACCAGAAGGAAGCACGCCGCCGGGCACGCUUACGCUCGAACCAUGCGAUAAAACGUAUGGCAUCGAACAAUUCGCUUAGUGGCGUGACGGACGGUGAAGAAGCAUCAGAAGGAGCUAUUACGCCCACUGGCGAGAAGGCAGAUCCAAUGGCCUCCCUAAAGGUGAUCAAUGAGACUAAGAGUGCUCCCGCGCCCGAAAUUCUCGAAAACGGUGCCCCAGCACCACAGUCGCCAACAGUGUCUCCCCCGGUUGAUGAUGCGGGCUCUAAAGCCGCAGCUAUGCUCCGAGCAUUGCGCCCCGAUGCAGCUGGUAGUGAUGUUGAUGCAGAUGGUGAACCUGCUGCCGCACGAGUAAGGCGAGCAAGUACGGCAGAGACGGAUAGGCGUUCUAGAAGAGAACGAAGAGCCCGGGCCACGAAGAGCUCGGUGGGAGAAGCUGAUGGUGGAAGUAAUAUAUCACCCAUGGGUACUUUGGAUGCACGAGCAAUGCUAGCCGGCAUGAAGGCCGUCGCCGAUGAGCCGUCAAAUGAGGAAGCCGUCGUAACUGAACGAGUCCCAACGCCGACAACGAUAGUAUCACCACCACCAGAGGAUGCGUGA